GCGCCACUGCAUUUCCGGUGGAUGGGACGACGGACGAGUAGCAGUUUGGGAACAGGGGACGAUCUUCUUUGGAGAAUUACUGCCUGUUGUUACCUGAAACUGUGAGUCAAGUAAAGGUUUUGCGCUAAAAGCAGUUCAUUUUUCGAUUUUUAGACGUUUAAGUGAAGACGUCGGGUGACAUUUCGGGCCAAUUUAAAGAUUACCGUCUUCCAGAGCACACAUGGCAGCCAACAAGAGCAAGGGCCAGAGCUCUCUGGUGCUGCACAAGGUCAUCAUGGUGGGAAGUGGAGGAGUGGGCAAAUCAGCACUCACACUGCAGUUCAUGUAUGAUGAGUUUGUUGAAGACUAUGAGCCCACUAAAGCAGACAGCUAUAGGAAGAAGGUUGUGCUGGAUGGAGAGGAGGUUCAGAUCGACAUCCUGGACACGGCAGGACAGGAGGACUACGCAGCCAUUAGGGAUAAUUACUUCCGCAGCGGAGAGGGCUUCCUGCUAGUGUUCUCCAUCACAGAGCAGGAGUCGUUCAGUGCCACCUCCGAGUUCAGGGAGCAGAUCCUGCGUGUGAAGGCAGAGGAAGAUAAGAUUCCUCUGUUGCUAGUCGGAAAUAAAUCUGACUUGGAGGACAAGAGGCAGGUGUCUGUGACCGUAGCCCGGGAAAAAGCAGAUGAAUGGGGAGUGCAGUAUGUCGAAACCUCAGCAAAAACACGUGCCAAUGUCGAUAAGGUGUUUUUUGACCUAAUGAGGGAGGUGCGGGCUAAGAAGAUGGCUGAGAACAAGGACAAAAAUGGCAAGAAGAGCGGCAAGAAGAAAAAAAGCCUGAAAGACCGCUGCACAUUGCUUUGAGUCAGAAGAACACAGAAAAAAGCCUUACUCAGCACCAAGCCUUUCUGGUGGAAAUGCAAAACCUAAAAGCUGUUUUUUUUUUCCACUAUUGUGGCUAACUUUGCCAAAUCCAGACAGAGUAAAGAACUGUGAACAGAUGCCAUUGUUGUUCCUUGCUGACUCCAGUAAGGUUUAUGCAGCUGUCAUCCAUUUUUUUUUUCUUCUUAUUUUCUUCUGCCAUCAAACAACCAAGAUCCAACCAGCUGGACAUUCAUGCUAUUGUUUUGCCAUAUUACAACAACUUGCUCUCUCAGGCAUUUUAUUCUAUCAUUGGUUGUUGGCAGUGUCUCCUACUAAUAUAUGAAUCACUUACAUACAUUAAGUAUGUGUUAGAGUUACUGCAUUACUAUUUACCACUACUGCAUCUCAUAUUCUAUUAGCUAUCAGCACUAUUUAAUGAGAUAAACUAUCAUUUUAAAAUGAACGACCAUAGUUUAGCAACAAUCAUAUUGUGUUAGAUAAAUUUGAUUGUCUUUAGGUUAGUUUUUGCUGUUUGCUGCAGCACCUUUAAGGAAUAAACAAUCUGAACCUGAAUUCGUAGCACAGAGGUCAUUGUAUAAGUAGGAAAACAAGUGUAUAAUGUGUUGAAUACUCUAAUGAUGAGCUGUUGUUGAAUGCAGUGCUAUGGGGUGUUAAAUGAAGCAAGGUGGUCUGGUUAUAUAGAUAAUGGGAGUCAAAUGUAAAGAACAAUGCCUAUGGCUAAAUACACACUGUUAGCAUAUUAUAUGGCUAUCUGAGGAAAGCUGCUUGUUGUAAUACUGCUACGCUGUGUAUUAGUAUUUUCAAAGACUUCACUAUGCAAAGCCUACCACAUAUAUUGCUUUUAGUGUAAAUCACAAGUUUUUGUGAUAAACAUAUUUUUGUAAUUGAACCACUUUUUUUGUAUGAAUUGCUUUUCACUGAUUCACUGUAUGUUGAUAACAGACCAAAUAAACCCUAUUUGUUUAGUA